AUGUCCAGAUCCUUCUACGUGGAUUCGCUCAUCGUCAAGGACGCCCGACCGGUCGAACACCCGGCGACAGUGACGGCGUCGGCGCACGACUUCCUGCUGCCCAUCAGCGUGCACACGCCGGGCGUGGUGCCGGCGUGCCCGUCCAGGAAGAGCGGCGCGUUCUGCGUGUGCCCUCUGUGCGUCACCACGCACCUCCACUCGUCCAGGAGCGGCGCGCCGGGCCUCAAGGGCCACUUCGCAGCGGGCGCGGGCGCCGAAGCGGCACAGUACUGCCACCGGCUCGCUCAUCACCAGCAUCAGUCUGCAGCUUUGGCGCACCCGGGACACGCACCUGUUUGCACGGCGUCGGUUUUCACAGACCCGCGGAGGUACCACUGCAUCUCCAUGGGCACCACAGAGAGCAGCCACAUCCAGAAUGGGAAGCGCAUGCGCACGGCCUUUACCAGCACACAGCUGUUAGAGCUGGAGCGCGAGUUCUCAAGCAACAUGUACCUCUCUCGCCUGCGCCGCAUCGAGAUCGCCACUUAUCUGAGCCUGUCCGAGAAACAGGUGAAGAUCUGGUUCCAGAACCGCCGGGUCAAGCACAAGAAGGAGGGCAAGGCAGCCCAAAGGAGUUCCCAUGGCAGCACAGGCAUGGGCAGUGGUGGGUGCAAGUGCUCAGGCACGCACUACCCUCGCUCCGAGGAUGAGGAAUCCCUGUCUCCGGCCUCAGCCUCAGAGGAGAAGGAUGGGGCGCUUAUCAUGUGA